CUUAGCUUCUCCGUCUAGAUGUUGGAAAACCUAAUACCUUCCGUCAGCCGUCAUUUCUCCCAGAUCUCUUCUGUCUCCCUCCUUACUCUCUACAAUCUCUGGUUGCCUCGGUUACCACUUACCACCAACCUUGUGAUGCUGCCGUUACCUUCACUGGCAUCUGCUGACCGCUUCUACCUUAUGUCGAGACGAGAAACCCUAACUCUAUCUCCCUGCCACCAUCAACGCCCCCAUCGCACACCUGAAACCCUAACCCUAAAGUGGAUCCACCAUCGACACCAGACAUCUCACAGUAUAAACCGGAUCGAGGGCUCAAAUACAGGUGUUGUGGAAACAGGUGGUGGCGGUGGGUGA